AUGCAUGCACAACAUUGUAUCAAUAACAAAAUUACUAAGCAAAUGGACGCGGAUUCACCAAUCAUUCAUGCCCUACCAAAACUUCACAAGAGUGCUGUCAAGUUCCGAUAUAUUGUAAGCGGAAAAAUGGAGGAACAAGUGGAGAAGUGCCGUCAUGGCUGCGCAGCGAAAAUCGACGAGGAGAAGAAGAAGCGACAGGAUUCGCGUUGUCAAGGUUCAAAUAGUUGUAAAGGAUUCGCAGAAAAGGUGGUGGUUAUAGCAGAAAAGUUCUCUCCUGAUCUCACUUCUGAUAUAGCUGCUGGUCUUAUCGAGCCAUAUCUCAGUGGAGAAGAUGCAGAAACUAUCAAUCGUUGGUGUAAGGAGACAAUGCAACACAUACGACAAUACAUGGAAUCCGAGCCUAAUGGAGGAGCUCAGGAAAUGUCCGGCUACCGCUUCAGUCAAGGCCCAAUUCCAUCUUGGAUUUCGCUGAUGGAUAACGUACAUGUCCUGAGCGAGGCUGAAAUUAAAAAACGACAUCCACUACCGCAGAAGUGA